ACGUCCACCCGCGUCCAUCCAUCCUUAUAUACGCCGGCGGCCAACUGCGGCAAAUGCCUCCAGCGCUACCCACGCCGGAGGAGCACAAAAGUAUCUCGUCAGCUCAACCUCCACACUUGCAACGAGCUGCAACAAUCAAGGGCGAUGGUCACGCUCUCCUCCUGCAGCCGCCUGAGCGGCGCCGGCGCCGGGGCCGCCUUCCGCCGUCCGGCCCGCGCAGGAGUCGUCGUCGUCACCUGCCGGGGCUCGUCCACGAGCGUUCGCGCCGCCGCGGCCGCCACUGCCACGGCGACGCCGGCUGCGGUAGAGGAGCAGAAGGAGGUCGUCUCGCUGCCGACGUGGGCGGAGUUCGAGCUCGGGAGGGCGCCGGUGUACUGGAAGACCAGCAACGGGCUCCCUCCCUCCCCUGGCGAGGCGCUGACCCUUUUCUACAACCCGGCGUUGACGAAGCUGAGGCCCAACGAGGGGUUCGGCGUCGCGUUCAACGGCGGCUUCAACCAGCCGAUCAUGUGCGGCGGCAAGCCGAGGCAGAUGUCGCUGCAGGUCAGGGGGAAGGCGGACCCACCGAUCUACACCAUCAGGAUACGCGUGCCGCAGCAUGCCGUGAGCCUCAUCUUCUCCUUCACCAACGGGGCCGAGUGGGACGGGCCGUACACCCUCAAGUUCAGGGUCCCCAAGCCCUGGCAGAACAAGCCGCUGAGCUUCUUCAAUGAGGGCCUGGCAGACGAGCUGAAUAGGGAGGGCGCCUGCGACAGGGCCAUCUACCCGGACGAGAACAUCGUCAUCACCAGCUGCGCCAUGGACGGCUACUACGAAGAUGGGGGAGAUCGCUGCAAGCUGGACAUCGUGAGCGGAUGCAUGGACCCCAACUCGCACCUGUACGACCCGCUGGCGACCGUGGACGACGGCUCUUGCCCAAUGGAAUCCGAUUCCGAGGAAUGAAGGAGACUCAUUUGUAGAAACAGAGGAAAUGUGAAUGAUAAAAACAACGGUACAGUGCUUGCAUUGGGAAAUUGUGAGUCUGUGGUACAGAAAUAUGUAUUUGUGUAGUUAACCGGAAUAACAGCGCAUUGGUGAACAA